AUGGACAACUACACAUCAUCACAGGGCUCUUCGGAAGGCUCGCCCCUCUCCGCGGGCUCCCCCAUUACCAACUCCCCCCUCAGCACACCAGACACAACCGACCUCGAGGACGCGCCUCCUCUGAAUGUUGCAGACAACCAUGGGCUGGGGCUUGGGCUCCACUCCGGGACGUCUGACCCGACAUUCGUCCUCGUCAUCGGCGGUCUUGGCUUCAUCGGGUCACACACCGUCCUCGAGCUCCUGCGGGCGGGUUUCAAUGUGAUCGUGGUGGACAACCUGAGCAACAGCUACGAGAGUGUGCUGCACAACAUCAAGACCAUCGCUGCCAAGGAGUGCAAGCAGAGGAACGCACAGAUGCCGCUUGUCCACUUCCACCGCGUCGACUACAGGAGCCGCUCAAUGCGAUUCCUGCUCGAGAGCUACACAGACCUCGUCCCCGUGCGGGAGACAUCGCCAUCAGACUCGGAUGACACUGACAGGCAACGCAUGACUUACCAGUCGCGCAUCACAGGCGUGAUCCACUUUGCCGCAUUCAAGUCGGUGUCCGAGUCGAUCGACAAGCCGCUCCAGUAUUACAACAACAACGUGUGCGGGCUCGUAUCCCUCCUGGAGCUGCUCGACAAGUUCUCCAUCCGGAACUUCAUCUUCAGCAGCUCGGCCACCGUCUACGGCUCCAAGGCCAACGCGGGCGUCCGCCUGCGCGAAGAAGACCUCGUCCACCUUCCAGAAGCCGCCCGCGACCCGGAGACCAAUGAGACGGUGCAGCUCACGCCCGCCGUCGCGGGUCUGACGUGCCCCUACGGGCGGACCAAGUACAUGGCUGAGGCAAUCCUGGCAGACCUCGCCGAGGCGGACGACCGCUGGCGCAUCAUCGCGCUGCGCUACUUCAACCCCGUCGGCUGCGACCCGUCGGGCCUGCUGGGCGAGAACCCCCGCAACGUCCCCACGAACCUCUACCCCGUCAUCACCCAGGUCCUCACGGGCGACAGGCCCAAGCUCGACGUCUUCGGGUCUGACUGGGACACCCGCGACGGUAGCGCCGUGCGGGACUUUGUGCACGUGCUUGACGUCGCACGUGGGCACAUCGCCGCCCUGCGGCCCGCACCAGCGGCCCAGGAGCAAGAGGAGGGUUCUGGCGCGGCCGCUAAGCUGGCAACGGGGUUCCGCGCCUACAACCUCGGUAGCGGCAAUGGAACGACCGUCAUCGAGGCCGUGCGGUCACUAGAGCAGGCGGCGGGCAAGCCAAUUCCUGUCAACAUGCAGGGCCGCAGGGCGGGCGACGUUGGCAGCUGUGUCGCCAGCAACGAGCGCGCCUCGCGUGAGCUCGGGUGGCAGCCGCGCGAGAGCAUCACGCAGUGUGCCGUCGACCUGUGGAACUUUGUGAGCAGGGUGGUCACGGUCAAGCCGGCUGCAUGA